AUGAGGCUGCUCGCCUUUUUUCUCGUAGCCUUAUCAUGGGUAAAUUUUGUAUUGUCACGGGCCGUUUUUGCUCACUUCAUGGUCGGCAACACGGAGCACUAUUCAGCAGCUGACUGGAUCGACGAUAUCAAACUGGCCCAAGAAGCCCACAUCGAUGCGUUCGCUCUUAAUAUGGCAAAGGGAGAACCAAUGAAUGCCAAAGCUAUUGCAGACGCUUUCUCAAAUGCCGAGGCUCUUGGCUUCAAACUCUUCUUUUCUUUCGACUAUGCUGGCCGCGGACCCUUUUCCAAGGAGGAAGUGAUAACCUGGAUAAAUAAGUAUGCAUCGAGUAGUGCGUACUUCCGAUACCAGGGCAAACCUUUCGUAUCGACCUUUGAAGGGCCUGAUCAAGCUGAAGACUGGGUCGAUAUCAAAGCAACGACUGGCUGCUUCUUUAUACCAGACUGGUCAUCUCUGGGUGCUGAUCCCGCAGUUGCAAAGGCUAGUGGUGUUGCUGACGGGCUUUUCAGUUGGGCUGGCUGGCCGUGGGGAGAUCAUGACAUGGAAACGUACGUCGAUGCGUCUUAUAGACGGGCUCUCAAGGGUAAACCAUACAUGAUGCCAGUCUCUCCAUGGUUCUAUACCAAUCUUCCUGGAUUCGGUAAGAACUGGCUGUGGCGUGGCGACCACCUUUGGUUUGACCGCUGGAUCCAGGUUAACGUUCUUAUGCCCGAGUUCGUCCAGAUCAUUUCAUGGAACGACUAUGGCGAAAGCCACCACAUUGGCCCAAUCCGGGACCACGCCCUCGUGGCAUUUGACACCGGCAAGGCACCUUAUAUGUACUCCCUCGAUCACCAUGGCUGGCGGGUUUUCUUGCCAUUUGCCAUCGAUCGGUACAAAAAUAGCAAAGCUACCAUCACGUACGAGGGGGUUUCAUUUUGGUACCGUCCCACUCCCAAGGGGGCCUGCAGCACAGGUGGCACCACGGGCAACACCGUUUCGCAGGUCCAAAUGGAAUUCCAGUCGUACGACAUCAUUGAGGAUUCCGUGUUUUUCACCAUUCUCUCGACUGAGGCGGUCACUAUCACGGUCACCAUUGGAGGCGUGGCGUCCAAAGGCGUUCUGAGAGACCUACCCGACGGCGGUGCUGGCCUCUACCACGGAAGUGCCCCUUUUGACGGCCGUACAGGCGACGUCAGAAUCAGUGUAUGGAGGAAAGAUGUUCUCAUUGCGGACGAAACCGGACCUGCCAUAAAAAACGAUUGCCACAACGGUAUGACCGGCUUCGACGCUUGGGCUGGAGGAAGUUUGAGUUCCAAAGCCUCGAGGCCAAUCAACACGCCGUCUCUAGAAGACGAAGUGUGCAUCAGAGGCGUGGGUGCUAACGACUUUGAUGUCCUUUGUCGCACAACCUGUUUCUGGGGCUACUGCCCAGAGAGUGCUUGUGUUUGUAAAGCGACGGGUGCCCAGAUCAAGCUGCCUUCACAGACAGCCGGGGAAGUUUUCCCCGCGGAGGGCUUGAACUCGAACUACAUUGGACUUUGCAACUAUGCAUGUCUCUACGGGGCCUGCCCCGCGACGUACUGCGGCAAGACGGAGUAUCCCUUGAUAGAGCCGACAGUUUCUCCUUUCAACCCACCAGCAUGCACCUCGGGGACGGGAGAUGGGGAAUGGGCAGCGAUUUGCAACUUUGCGUGCUACAAUGGCUUCUGCCCUAUCCAUAGGUGCAAGUGUACAAGUCAAGGCCCUCUCAAUUUCCUGAAUCCCACCCAAACGACCAAGGCCAUCAGUCGAAUUGGCAACGACCAUGGUCUCUGCGCUUUCGCUUGCGCUAGAGGCUACUGUCCCAAGAGCGUCUGCGAUGCCAGCGGGGGCGACCAGCAAGGGCAGACCGACCCUCCUGUACACCAGGUUGAGAUGCCUCACCUUGACAGCGAUUGUUACAUGUUCCCUGACUGUGUCGAUCUUGACAAUACACAAGCCUCCAGCUGCCGAGACGGCUACAAGAGCAUGUCUUUUGAUAGAGGGACUUGCUCCGGUAAUUCUGGUCGCCCCAUUUGCUGCAAGAACAGUGCUCUUCCCAUGCAGUGCACUUGGAGAGGCAGCGGAGGAGACUGCAACGGACAGUGUCACAAGGGAGAGGUCACGCUAUUCGAAUCAUCAACAGGAGGCGAGCCUGGAGAGAGCGGUGACGGCAAGUGCAGUCGUGGGCACAAGGUUUUCUGCUGUGAGCUCAAGACCUUCAAGGUAAUGACCAGUCAGUGUCGCUGGACCGAAUGGCCUCUGACGCCGUGCAGGCAGGUUCCAGGUUGUGGAAGUGUCGAUAUCAUGGUUUACAACCGCAAAACACUUACUCCGACCCAGAUCUCGGCGAGACUCGACACAGAACAUAAUCCAGAUGCACAAUGGAUCAGAGACUUCUUGCAGAUGGUGACGAAUGGCAUACGCCCAGAUGGUGCAACCAGCCUCAGCGGACGCAUAGAUGCUCGUAUUUUGAGUAGGUUCUGGAACGCCAAAUUUCCGAAGGGCACUUUUCCGGCGUCGGGAGCUAGUCGCUGUAUCCGCACACCAAAUGACUAUCUGAUGGAUCAGUUUGGCUCCAAGGGAAACAGAGAAACUUUACUGCUCUGUGAGCGCAAGUUGAAUAUUGCAAAGGGGUCCAUUUUCAAUGGAGCAGAUCCCACAGCAAUCGGGAAAAUGGAUGCCAUACGUGCGCGAGCAGUGACGGGAAACACCACCUCGGAGGAGGAACUUUUCAAUAAUAUUGCCCAGGGUAUUGCGGUGUGGAACUAUAUGCACCAUCCCUUGGGCCUCCCAGUCGUCCAGAAGAACCGGAGGAACAUACGAAUCGCAGUCAAUUACAUAGCCAGUACUGUCCCCCAACUUGCGAAUCUGGUAUUGAUCUUGAUUGAAUUUGAUUCACUUUGGUACUCAGAAGCAGCGCGGAGGACCACUUUAUGGGUUACUGAUAUGCUAGACGCAAUCGAGGCUGACCUCGAUGACUUCGCGUUGGCGGGGUUCUCGCCGCCGAAUGAGGCCUCGAUGCGAGCUAGGGUGGCACGACUCAGGGCUCGGAUUUCAGACAUCAGAACACUGCCGGAUCCAUGA